CCUUGAGUGGCCUCUCCCAUUAUCGUGUAAUACAUCUUUUGAAAUGAGUUUCUCGCGUGCUCUGCCCCUUCGCAGUGGAAGGGGUGCCUUAUUCAAAGCAGCACCCUCGACAUGCCGUCUCACGCAACACUACCAUCUGUCUGGUCGCACGUUCUCGACUUCUGCCCAACGGGAUGCUACAUGGGGAUUUAUUGGACUGGGCCAAAUGGGCUACAACAUGGCUAAGAACCUGCGCGCUAAGAUUCCUGAGACGGAUACCUUAAUUAUUCGAGACGUGAAUGAAGAGAACAUGUCUAGAUUUGUGAAGGAAGCGAAAGAAAUCGCUAGGAGCAGCGGCGCUGCUGACGGCGCUUCGGAGGUUCUGGUGGCUCAGACCGCGAGAGAACUUGCGGAAAAGUCGUCCGUGAUUAUCACCAGCCUUCCAGGGCCGCAGCAUGUCAAGGAUGUUUAUCACUCUAUUCUACGAGACGGUGAUCUUCCCACGCUAGAAGAAGAGCGACUUUUCAUCGAUACAUCAACAAUCGAUCCUGCGUCAUCAAAGGAAAUCGCAAACGCUAUACAAACCACAUCCCAAGGGCGCUUCGUCGAUGCCCCUGUAUCGGGUGGUGUGGUGGGUGCGCGUGCCGGCACAUUGUGCUUCAUGUUCGGUGCCACUUCGCAGACUGGUCAGUUGCUUGAUCGUGUGCGAUCCGUGCUACUCAUGAUGGGGAAGAAGGCCUGGCACAUGGGCGCCCCGGGGGCCGGUGUUUCAGGCAAACUGGCGAACAAUUACAUCCUGGCGAUCAACAACAUCGCGACCGCGGAAGCAAUGAACCUUGGCAUGCGAUGGGGAUUGGACCCCAAGGCUUUGACGGAGCUUGUCAAUUCGUCGACUGGCCGGUGCUGGCCCAUGGAAGUGAACAACCCCGUACCUGGUGUGGUUGAGACGGCACCGGCAUCUCGUGGUUACGAGGGAGGGUUUGGAGUGAGUCUUAUGAACAAGGAUCUUCGACUGGCGAUUACUGCUGCGGAGGAGUCGCAAACACCUCUGGCGCUGGCAGAUACUGCUCAGAAGGUGUAUAAUGCUGUUGAGGAGGAACACCGUGGGAAGGACUUUUCUGUGGUGUACAAGUGGUUGAAGGAGCACUCGCAAUGAUCGACUAGUACGGCCUCCGGUAUUGUUCGAAUGAAGUACUUUUUCCAGUUGUGGCAACGAGAUUUCUACAAAGAAUCAUAGAGUUCAUGACCAUGACUCUUCCGCUUGCCAAGCCUGUCCAGGAUCUGCACGCAUUCAAGUCCCUUUCAGCUAUUAUCUCAUUUAUAUAUACAUGACGACCACAACACCAUCACUACAUACUGAAGUCCUUCCUCAGCGCAAUAUAUUGAUUAAC